AUGAAGUACUCGCAGACAGAAGCCUUCAAGAUCUGGGCCGGCUUCGCCGUUAUCGCUUUCGUGGUCUUCAUGCUGGUAUCCAGUGGCGAUUUCUCUUUCCUCCUGACGCUCUCCUCUCUGUUGAGCAUGUUCAGCUUCCUUAUGGUCGCACUGAAGAUGGAGAUUGGCCGCUCCUGCAAGGGAGUCUCAUUGAAAAUGAUGGAGUCUUACCUUGUCAUCUUCUUUUGCCGCCUUUGCGCCAUUAUUCCUUUCGAGGGCUACCUUCCGUUUGACAAGUCGGGUGACUGGUUCUACCAGACCUGCGAGGCGCUUGGCUUCUGCCUCGCGGGGACGAUAGUGUACUUCUGCCGCAUAAAAUAUGCUGCGACGUAUGAUCCGAACAUAGCGGAUGCAACAUCGACGGUGUCGCUACUCGAGGGUUUUCUUUUGGCAGGUCUUGCUGUGCAGCAGACAGCGGAGUCAUCUCAAUUGGCAUUAUUCGGAGAGCACGAGCGCCCCGCAUGCAGGUUCCUCACCCGGAAUGCCGGUCUUGGCAUCCACGCACACCAGGCCCACGAAGCGCCACCGGAGGACCGGUUUCGCCGCGCUCUGUGUGUCAUUGGCGUGCUUGCACACAUGGCAGAGUGGCAGCCUCGUCCCACGCUGCAAUGCCAGGGUCUUAAUCGAGCUGAUGCCCUGAAUGUCAUGACCAUGACGUUCGGGAAUGGCUACCGCCUUGACAAGAACGAUUUGCUGGGAGCUGGUGGUUAUGGCAAGGUCUACAAAUGUACGGACAUGCAGGGCAGGGAACUUGCCGUCAAGCAAGUCUUCACUGCUAACACAGAGGUUUUGGACAGAGAGAUUGAGAUUCACACCCACAUUGGCCAGCACCCAAACAUUGUUCAGCUCAUCGACGCCUUUCCAAUUGAGGGGGCAGAGGGGAAGAUGAUAGUGAUGGAGUUGGCCAAGGGUGGCGAACUAGGGGACUUGCUGGAGAAGACGGGCCCUAUGCCCGAGCAGAAGGCCAAGCACAUCUUUAAGCAGGUGGUGAGUGCCAUUCAGCACCUGCAUUCCCGCAAUAUCCUGCACCGGGACCUGAAGUCCGACAACAUCCUCCUCUGCACCGACAGCACUCACGACAUGAACCAGCCUGUUGUGAAGCUGAUCGACUUCGGAGCAGGCCACUGGGCGAAGACGGGGCCUCUGGUGGCGGACAAGUUCAUCGGGACGCUGCAGUUCAUGGCCCCGGAGGUGAUCAUCGCGCGUGGGGACGACUUCGACGCCACGGACGCCUCGCAGAUCGAGUCCACGGUGCAGAUCGAGUUCAAGAAGCGGCCCUUCGGGAUCCGCAAGUACAAGCCGGGUCCCAACAACAAGGGCGCGCGAAUCACCGAGGUCAUCGAGCAGUCGCGAUACCCAGGUGACCCUCUUGGUCAAGCUUUCGUAGCAGGGGUCCAGAACGAGUGGGUCGUGAAGUCGGUAAACGGAAGGGAUGUCAGCAACAUGGAUUUCGAGGACAUCCUCGACCUUAUGGGUGAUCGCUUGCUGGACAAUUCCUCCCGGGGCGCAUUCGAUGGGUCCUUCAAGGUGACGGGUGACAACAAAGGACAGGGAAAAGUGCUGCCCAAGGUUGAGCAGGUGGAGCUGCCUGCGCAGAUCCAGUAUGCCCAGAUGCGGUCGAAGCCCUACGAUGCGAAGGUGGACGUGUGGUCCCUGGGCUGUGUCCUCUACCAUAUGCUGGCCGGUCGACCCCCGUUUGCGCCAGAGGAGGAGGCCGUGCUCGCAGGAACCUUCCAACCGCCAGCAGGGGCUUCGCCACAAGUCAUGGAUCUAUUGAACAAGAUGCUCGUGGUGAACCCAGCAGGGCGCGCCGACCUUGCCACGGUCUCCCUGGAAGUUGAGCCAGUGCAUGAAAAUUACACAGACCAAGACCCGCUCGCAACCGACACCUUUCAACACUUGUAUUUGGGCGUUGGUGCUCUAGGCUUGUCCUUGAUCUUCCAUCCGAACCUGAAUGGUUUUCUGCCUUCAGACAUCGGCUGGGCUUUCGCUCUCUACUUGGAGUCUGUGGCCGUGCUGUGUCAGCUCUUCAUGUUCAUGAAAGAGGGCCGGGCGCAGGAGCACACGUCCCACUUCCUGGCUGCGCAGGCCCUAGCCAAGUUGAUGAGCUUCAUCUUCUGGGCCAGCUCCUUUAGCGAGCUCUCCGACCCAAAUCACCACAUCAAGGCCUUCGUGGGAAACUGGGUGGUGUGUGCGCAGCUGGUGCAGCUUCUGAUCAUGGGGGACUUUAUCUACCACUACAUGCGAUGCAUCCAGCAAGGAAUUCCAGUGUCCCAGCUCUUGUCUUCGGAUGCCGUCUAG